CAUUUUAGCACAAUACGCUAUGGCAAUUACUAAGGCCUUUUCCUGUAUAAAAGAAUCCCCAACUUUCAUACUUCAUAUCCUCAUCAUUGAGCAGAGACAACAUUUCUCACAAACAAUUCAACAAAAGCUUGCGUUACAUGGCUUCCAAGUCCAUAUUUUCAGUAGCAAUAUUGCUACUAUUUCUGGCUGUUGGAUCCAAUGCAGGUGGAAUUGCUAUAUACUGGGGCCAGAAUGGGAAUGAAGGCACAUUAGCGGAAACAUGUGCUUCAGGGAACUACAAAUUCGUAAACAUAGCUUUCCUCUCAUCAUUCGGUAAUGGCCAAACCCCUGCCAUAAACCUCGCCGGUCACUGUGACCCGUCUACCAACGAAUGCACCAAGUUGAGCCCCGAGAUCAAGUCAUGCCAGGCCAAAGGCAUUAAGGUCAUACUCUCCAUAGGAGGAGCUGCAGGGAGCUACUCUUUGGCCUCAUCCGACGAUGCCCGCCAAGUUGCUACUUACUUGUGGAACAACUUCUUGGGAGGACAGUCCUCUUCAAGGCCGUUGGGAGAUGCUGUUUUGGAUGGAGUUGACUUUGACAUUGAAGGAGGGACUGAUCAAUAUUGGGAUGACCUUGCGAGGGACCUUUCCGGGUACAGUAAGAAGGGCAAGAAAGUAUACUUGACUGCUGCUCCACAGUGUCCAUUUCCUGAUGCUUAUGUUGGAAAUGCACUCAACACAGGCCUUUUCGACUUUGUUUGGGUACAAUUCUACAACAACCCUCCUUGCCAGUACACUUCUGGCGAUAUUUCAAAUCUCGAAGAUGGUUGGAAGCAAUGGACUUCUGCCAUUCCUGCACAUAAGAUUUUCUUAGGACUUCCUGCUGCACCUCAAGCUGCUGGUAGUGGAUUUAUUCCUGCGGCUGAUCUCAACUCACAAGUCCUUCCGGCUAUCAAAAAUUCAGCCAAAUAUGGAGGUGUCAUGCUUUGGUCGAAGUAUUAUGAUGAUCUCGAUGGAUACAGCUCCUCCAUCAAGAAUGAUGUCUAGAAUGUAAAUUUAAAAGGAUCCAGCUUAUGUAUAUGUAUGUACCUUCACUAUCAUUAUAUAUAAAAAGAUAUCGUAUAUCGAGUCAUUUAUUUGUGGUUA